AGUUGUUGUUGAAGCGCGGCGGCGGUAGCGGCGGCGGCACCACGUGGGCUGGACCGGGCCGGGGGCGGGGCCGAGCUGAGGGAGGCGCUGCUGGCGGCAGUGAGGAGCGGAGGCGGGCGCGGGCGGCCGGCCAUGAUCGCGUCGUGCUUGUGUUACCUGCUGCUGCCGGCCACGCGCCUCUUCCGCGCCCUCUCAGAUGCUUUCUUCACAUGUCGAAAAAAUGUCCUUCUGGCGAAGAGCUCAUCCCCCCAGGUAGAGGGCGACUUUGCCAUGGCCCCUCGGGGCCCUGACCAGGAGGAAUGUGAGGGCCUGCUGCAGCAGUGGCGAGAAGAAGGGUCGAGCCAGGUGCUCUCAACUGCAAGUGAGGGGCCCCUUAUAGAUAAAGGACUAGCCCAGAGCAGCCUGGCACUUCUGAUGGAUAAUCCUGGAGAAGAGAAUGCUGCUUCAGAGGACAAGUGGUCCAGCAGGCAGCUGAGUGACCUUCGGGCAGCAGAGAAACUGGAUGAGCCUUUCCCUGAGAUGCUAGGAGAGGAGCCACUGCCGGAGGUAGAGGGCCCCAUGUGGGCAGCUAUCCCCAUGCAGUCGGACCCCCAGUAUGCAGACUGUGCUGUCCUCCCAGUGGGUGCCCUGGCCACAGAGCAGUGGGAAGAGGACCCGGCGGUGUUGGCCUGGAGCAUAGCACCUGAGCCUUUGCCUCAGGAAGAGGCUCCCAUCUGGCCCUUUGAGGGCCUGGGGCAGUUGCAGCCUCCCCCAGUGGAAAUACCAUAUCAUGAAAUUUUGUGGCGAGAAUGGGAGGAUUUCUCCACCCAGCCAGAUGCUCAGGGCCUGAAGGCAGGAGAUGGCCCUCAGUUCCAGUUCACUCUGAUGUCUUAUAACAUCCUGGCUCAGGACCUGAUGCAGCAGAGCUCAGAGCUCUAUCUACAUUGCCAUCCGGACAUCCUCAAUUGGAACUAUCGCUUCGUGAACCUCAUGCAGGAAUUCCAGCACUGGGACCCCGAUAUCCUGUGUCUCCAGGAAGUCCAGGAAGAUCAUUACUGGGAGCAGCUGGAACCCUCUCUGCGAAUGAUGGGCUUUACCUGUUUCUACAAGAGGAGGACUGGGUGUAAAACCGAUGGCUGUGCUGUCUGCUACAAGCCUACCAGAUUCCGCCUGCUCUGUGCCAGCCCUGUGGAGUACUUCCGGCCUGGCUUGGAGCUACUUAAUCGGGAUAAUGUGGGCUUAGUGUUGCUACUGCAACCACUCGUCCCAGAAGGCCUGGGGCAAGUCUCGGUGGCCCCGCUGUGUGUGGCAAAUACCCAUAUCCUUUACAACCCACGCCGGGGUGAUGUCAAGCUGGCCCAGAUGGCCAUUCUCCUGGCGGAAGUGGACAAGGUGGCCAGACUGUCAGAUGGCAGCCACUGCCCCAUCAUCUUAUGCGGGGACCUAAAUUCUGUCCCUGAUUCACCUCUCUACAACUUCAUCAGGGAUGGAGAGCUCCAGUACCAUGGGAUGCCAGCCUGGAAGAGUCUUGCUGUGUUGCCCAGGCUGGAGUGCAAUGGCACGAUCUCGGCUCACUGCAACCUCUGCCUCCUGGGUUCAUGUGAUUCUCCUGCCUCAGCCUCCCAAGUAGCUGGGAUUGCAGGCUGCUCAUUGGCUUUGACCGAGGAUGGUGACGUAGAUACGGUAUCUGGACAGGAAGACUUCUCUCAUCAGCUUUACCAGAGGAAGCUGCAGGUCCCACUGUGGCCCAGCUCCCUGGGCAUCACUGAUUGCUGUCAGUAUGUCACCUCCUGUCACCCCAAGAGAUCAGAGAGACGCAAAUAUGGCCGAGACUUCCUGCUACAUUUCCGCUUCUGCAGCAUCGCUUGUCAGCGACCAGUAGGACUGGUCCUCAUGGAAGGAGUGACAGAUACUAAGCCAGAGCGACCUGCGGGUUGGGCUGAGUCUGUCCUUGAGAAAGACACAUCAGAGCUUGAGCCUGCCUUCUCCAGGACUGUAGGUACCAUCCAGCACUGCCUCCACCUUACGUCAGUAUAUACCCACUUCCUGCCCCAGCGUGGCCGCCCAGAGGUCACUACAAUGCCGUUGGGUCUUGGAAUGACAGUAGAUUACAUCUUCUUCUCAGCUGAGUCCUGUGAGAAUGGGGACAGAACUGAUCACAGGCUGUAUCGAGAUGGAACUCUCAAGCUCCUGGGUCGUCUCUCCCUUCUCUCUGAAGAGAUUCUCUGGGCUGCCAAUGGCUUACCCAACCCCUUCUGCUCUUCAGACCACCUCUGCCUGCUGGCCAGCUUUGGGAUGGAAGUCACCGCCCCAUGACAGGGCUCCCAGGGGAAGAGAGCUUCUCUUCCAGAAGAGCUCACUGGAUCAGAGACUGUGGAAAAAUCCCAUGCUUCUAGAAACUUAGAUCCAAGAAACUUACAUCCCCUCCCUUCCCCCUCCUUGUUCCCUUUUUCCCAUGGUUAGAUUUUCUCCAGGCCUGGCCGCGUUCUCUGCCUGUGGUCCUUGCCCCACCCCAACCUCUUCCUAAUCCUGUGCCACACACUCAGUGGCCCUGGGAGAGGCAGAAGGGGGGCUCCCCCUUCCUUCCAUGUAUCCAGCGCUCCCCCUUGAUUUUUAAUUACCAGGGUUGUGGGAGUUCUUGAUUUCAUUGGUUAUUUGCUUUCAGGCCGUUUCUUGGUGUACCUUCUGACCUGACCUUUUCCUUGCCUUCAGGACCUCUGGGCCCAGCCCUCUUGCCAGGCAUGCACAUGUUGAGAUAUGCAUAUCAUGUAUGUGUCCUCUUGGGGUGAGACUUUUUGCACAGCCAUGCCUGCCUCUGACCAGUCCACUUUUCACGUUGGGGCUGUAGGCCUAGGGGCAGGUUCAGAGUCUACCCAAGUACCUGUGUUUGAGCAGGCGGCAGCAAGGCAUGGCCCCAUCUCUCCUUUUAGCCUCUGUGUUUCAUUAGGCAUUCUUCCUGCCAACCAGAGCAGGCCCGGCAUCUGGGCUCUGGGAACAAAUGGGGCCCACAUCCUGGAGUGGCAAAUUUUGGGGGAGGCACUACCUGUCCCAGCGGGCCCUGUGCCUCCAACCCAGAGCUCCCCACAGACCUGGUGUAAUUUCUCAAGGGCCAUCCCUUUCCCCAGGCUUCCCUGAGGGAGGCGGAAGUUUGAACCCUUAUGUUGGGUUCAUUGGGCUAGGGUAGUGGUAUGAGGUUUGAAACUAUUUAAGGAUUAGGACGAGAAAGAGUCUUCAGGAAACUCUUGUUUCACUGGACUCUGCAGCCUGCAGAACUGGGGCAAGGGUAGGAGUUCCAGUAGGGGAAGGAGCAGGUAGACUCUGCAGCUGCCUCAGCUGGGACUGAAGACCUAAGCUGAUUCUCUUUCCUCUCCACUCCUAAAAAGCAAUUUUCUGUUCCUCUCCUUCUACCACUUUUUACUUUCUGCUAUCUCCUGUCUCCCGCUUCCCUUCCAUUUCCUUUCUAGAAAACCCUGGUAUUUAGCUCAGGCCAAACUGCCUCAGCAGAAAGGUGGCCUUGGACAAAACUGGUCCAAGAAUUUGAAGUGGCAGUGCUUGCGGAUUGGCUCUGUCCAGUAAGGCCUCAGCUGCUUGUUGCCUCUGCUUUCCCUCCCCUAACAGAAGGGUACGCUGACUUAUUCAGGGGACUCCUUAGUCCGCACUGUGUCACCUGCAUGCCUUAAUCUUUCAUUGCUGGGGUGUGGCCUUGGGAGAUCCUAGGCCAGCCCCUCCACACAUCUCCCUAAGUUAGAGUGGCUGCUGGCCCUGGUAGAUUUGACUUGCUCUUGCCUCAGUCGACCUCCAAAGUGGGACUGAAGACAGUGGUCAAGAGACUUGAGUUCAGGACAGUGAGCCAGGGGUUAAGGUUCUUUCCUUUUUUUGAAAGCCAAAGACCCAGUUUGAAUUGUGCUACUGCAUUCAUGGUUAGAAUCUUCCCAUGCCUAGGUUCUAGGGAAUUUAUUUUCCUAUGUGUAUAUAUUUUUAAACUUUGUUUCCUGGGUACUGGGCAUGUGCCUGUCUGAGCCCCAGGUCUGUCUGCACCCCACCAUUCAUUCUGUCUGUCCGUCCCCUGGACACUGCCUAAAAGGGUCUCAAGACAGUGCCCUGUGGGUUCCUAGGACUAGGGCCCAUCACUGUUCUCUUCUGCUGGGAAAUGUAGCUUUAAAAUGGCUAACGACAGCAGAGGCACGUGCUUGAUAGAUUAUCUUUUCCUUGCUUUCUUGUUUCUGUUUUGAAAAUGAAAUGGGGUUUUAAAUUGUUAUUUAAACUCUUUUUCCAAAUAAAGGUUUACCUUUUUUUCCCCCAA